AUGGCGGCGGCAGAAACGUCCCGCCGAGCCGCCGGCGACGGCCGCUCGCACAUGAAGCUGCUGUGCAGCCACGGCGGGCGCCUCAUACCUCGCGGCCCCGACGGCGCGAUCCGGUACGUCGGCGGCGAGACGCGCGUCCUCGCCGUGCCGCGCGACGCGUCCUUCCGCGACCUGACCAGGAGGUUGGAGGAGAUGGCCGGCGGCGCGGAGGUCCGCGCCGUCAGGCACCGCCUCGCGGACGAGGGCCUCGAGGACGUGACCGUGUCGGUCACCUGCGACGAGGAGCUCGCGCACAUGCGCGACGAGUACGACCGCCUGCGUGCCACCCGGCCGGCGGCGAGGUUCCGGGUUUUCGUCACCACCGCGGCAGCGGCUUCCGGCGGCGGAGGCGUCGUCCAGCGCGGAAGAUCGGCGGCGGCGGGGCUCCCACCCCUGGCCCCGAAGAUGCGGCGCGUACAGAGCGAGCAGGCGCAGCUGCACCGGCGGCCCGCCUACCCUACUGCACCGGUGCGGCGCGUCCAGAGCUUGCCGGAGUUCGCGGGGCGCCUCCACGCGCAGCCUUCCCUUCACCACCACCACCAGCAGCAGCAGUGCUGCUGCUGCUCCUGCCGGCGCCCCACCUACCCGGCGCCGGUGCCGGCGCGUCCGAUGCACGCGGCGCCCUACAUGUCCAAGAAAGCAUCUGCUGCUCCGUCGAUGCCCGCCGCGAAGGCAACAGGGCGAGUGGUCUUCCUCACCGAUGCCGGUAGCGAGAAGGCGAGGAGCAGAGACUCCCAGGCGGCCAUGGAGAGGAGAAGAGCGAUCUGGGAGUUCGAGUGA